CCAGGGCACGCCCGACGAAAUUCGUGCACCAGGUUCAUAUCUAAGAGAGAGGUUCAUUGCAAUGACAUUUUUUUCUGGAAAUUGUGCAUCUCUGUGAAAGAUGACGCAAUUUCUGUUGGUAUUUUGCCGCGUGAUAACCGUAAUAAGGUAAAUUCAUCUUUCAUCGGGUAAGACGUGGUCAAUUUGACCUUGACCUCGGGAAUGAACGAAAUUUACUAAAGAAAUUUACUUGUGUGCCAGAUUACGUUUAUUGCAAAAUUGUAAAUCGCGAAACUGAUGUAUACAGUUGUCGACUAAUUCUAAUUCUAAUGAUUCGAGAAGAUUUUUUACACGUCAUUCGUUUCGGGUAAAAGUUUAAAUAAUCAGUUAAAAGAUUUUAAUUAAUCGGCACAUUGAAUUCUCUAGUGACUGAAGCUCAAUUAUUAAAGAUAAAAUUCGUAAAAGUGAGUCAAAGUUGUUGUGGUUGUGGUUGGUACGAUGGGAUAUUAAAAAUUGAAGGAGAUUCCAGAUGCCGGGGAAAUACUUUUCCCAUUUGCACAUUUUUUACGUGUUAUCCACCAUAGAAAAUCCCCGCAACGCGUCACUCAUCUACAAUAUUUUAAUCUUCAAGCGGCUAGGUGGAAUGCGUAGCGUGAGAUAAGUAUCAUCUUGAGGAGAAAUAUUUCACUACGAUCACGGUAAUGCAAAGUUAUCGUUUAAACUGUGAACUGUAAAAUCAAUUAAACAAAAUACCGGUAAAUGAUAAAUUCAAAUACAAUCGAUAAGAUUCAACGCUUUAAGGAAGUAUUUUAAAUCAAAUUCUUUAAAAAAAUUGUUUUGGAAGAUUCACGAUAAAAUAACCCUUUAAAAAUAUAGUAUGAUUUCGACUCUACCAAUUGAGAAUACAAACAUUCGUACGAGACCAUAAUUUCCUAUUAUUAUUUUCAAUUUCCUUCUAUUGGUGUAGAGUGGAAAAAUAGUAUCCGGACUAUAAUUACAGAGUAAAAUAAUUGAUACGAAAAUUCAUAAAAAGGUACGAUAAAAAAAUGUAACAAAAACUCCGGAAAGAUAUCUAUGAAACGAGUAUAAGGAACACAAGAAAUCAGUGACGAAAAAUUGCUAAGAUAUUCUUCGAGUAGGAACUUAAUACGAAAUUGCCACAGAUCAAAUGAUAAAACGUAGACGUGGCUAUAAAAUCGAUAAGAAAUUAAUCGAUAUCGGCAAAGCUUAUGAAAAUAGUAUAUGGACAAAACAGUGAACGGUACGAGGGGUAGGAAUCCCUCGGAUCCAAUAUUUCAUCAAUAUUCCAUUGACCUUUGAACGCCUCAAACGAUUGACGUACCGCAAUUGUCGCGAGACCAGGUAAUCUUGUGAUCUUCCACCUAGGAACAGUCUUCUCUCAUCCGUGGUGGGGCACCGAUUCCGGUCACCGAUUGGUCAGUAGUCCACGUGCUCCACGCUGCGUUCAGCCAGUCGAAACUCAAGUGGGGGAUUGCAAUGACUCUAACACAUUUUUUGAACUUCUACAAAUGCACGUUUUCAUCACUUUUGCACAGAAGCGCACGGCGUACGCACCGAGAAGAAAGUUUGCUCCGCGUGCCCGGGAAACGAUCCAACUAACAAUUUACCUGCCGUUUCAUGUAGCAUUCGAAGCGAGAUCAUCCGGUGUACGUAAAUCGAAUCCAGGUUUUAGCCUCGAGUGUAUCAUCGGGUGAGCAUAGUUCUGGGAGUUGUAUUUCGCUAGAGAAAAAGACUCUGGACGAACUCGAGAAUUCACAAAUAUCAUCGCGUCGAACUGGAAUUUCCGAAAGUAGUUCUACAACGGAAAUUGCUCGGAUUUUUAGAUCGGUUGUUAAAAGAUCGAUCCCGGCGUGCUCAAGUUUUCUUCCGAUAAUAAAUAAAACAUCGACAAAUCCGUAACGUUUCGCGCGAGUUCUGUGUGAAAAAGAGUCCUCGGGACCCGUAUCGUUUCCGUAGUACAUCGACAGAGAAGUGAAUUUCUCGUCUUCGGUUUUGAUUAACUUGGUUUUCGAUAAACUGUCCCAGUGACGUGCAGCCAUGAAGGAUUUCAUGAUGAUAUGGAGUCAACUGACCGGACGACGGUUCUCGUCCGUCAAUGUGAAUCAGAAUCCAAACGAUAUCAGCGAGUUGGAGGAGGUGUCGAUCAGUCGAAAGACGAGUCUCGGGAGAAAGUCUUCGAUCGUCGUGAAUCGCUUCUUCAAUGCAACUUUACCGGUGCAUUCGAACGGGAGGCCGAAAUGGUCAAAAAGUAUUUUCAUACUGAUGACUUUGGGUUCGCUCAGCCUUGCCACCGGAUGCGUAUUGUACGUAUUUCAACCGUAUGAGCUACUCUUCAAACUGAAAAUAAUCUUUGGCGAAGGCGGCGAGAUUUUUGAGAUGUGGCGAAAACCCGACGUGUCUCUUUACUUGAAGGUCUAUAUUUUCAACGUGACGAAUCACGAGGAGUACCUAUCCGGCAAAGAAAGUAAGCUGAGGUUUCAAGAACUCGGCCCCUACGUCUACAGGGAAUUAUUAGAACACGGAGACGUUAAAUUUAAUAGCAACGGGACUGUAACGGCGCUCGAUCUUCAUCCUCUGAUCUAUGUACCGGAAAUGAGCAACGGAACCGAAGAAGACAUAAUGAUACUACCAAACAUCGCAUUGCUAAGUAUCACAAACGUAAUGAAGGAUUCCGCGUACCUGACUAGAUUCGGUUUAAAUAUGCUGAUCCUUCAUACGGACACCCAACCUUUAGUUAAAAUGACCGCUCGAGAAUUUAUGUUUGGCUACGAAUCCUCCCUCGUCACCCUUGGCAAUAAGAUGAUGCCAAGUUGGAUCAAGUUCGACAAGUUGGGUCUCAUCGAUAGAAUGUACGAUUUUGAAGGUGAUUACGAAACCGUUUACACUGGAGAAACCGAUGUCCGUCGAACAGGCCUAAUUGAAAAGUACAACGGCAACGUAAAUCUGCCGCAAUGGACAGGAAAGUGCGCGAACGUGAAUGGUGCAAGCGACGGAGUCAAGUUCCCAAGUUACAUCGAACCAAAUGACACUAUACUUUUCUUCAGGAAAAGUCUCUGUCGCAGUGCUUACAUGAAACAAACUGAAGAAACUGUGAUAAAAGGAUUACACACGUAUAAGUACAAAUUCGUUGAUAAUGUAUUGGACAAUGGCGCUUUUAAUCCGGAGAAUAAGUGUUUCUGCCGCGAAGGAUAUUGCCUGCAACCUGGCUUGAUUGACGUCACCGACUGUUAUUAUGGCUUUCCGAUAGCUUUAUCAUAUCCACAUUUUUAUAAAACCGAUCCGUCAAUCUUGGAAGCAGUAGAGGGUUUGAAUCCGAGAGCAGAUCUUCACGAGUCCUACGCUUAUGUUCAACCGAAAUCGGGUCUUCCGGUGAAUCUCGCAUUCCGUUUUCAAAUCAACAUGGCGUUGCAAAAUAUUGGUCACAUGGCCAGAGUGGAGAAAUUUGAAAACCUUGUUUUGCCGCUCUUGUGGUUCGAAAUAGGGAUGUAUGAAUUACCAACGUCGAUGUAUUAUCGUUUCUGGUUCUAUUUAAAUGUAUUACCAGUUAUGCAAGACACACUCAUUUACAGUUUAAUGAUUGUUGGCAUCGGAGUUAUAUUUAUCGGUAUUCACAAGAUCCUUUUGCACCAGCCAAAAGGUUCGACGUCAUCCCAACAAUGGAUGGAAUCAGAAAUGAGGAACCAGAAACUACAAUUUUUAAACAAUAGACGUCUUUCGUGUAAGACUAAUGAAAUGGACACUUACUAUAGUUCACUACUUAACUCGAACGAUUCAAACGUAAUGUCUGACAUAACAAUGGAAUUAUCAAAUUUUAAGGAAGUCAUCGUGUGAUCGAUAGUAUACAAAUUGUAGGGAAAAGCUAUUUCCGACGGAAAAUUGUUUUAUGCUCGUAAUCAAAAGAACACAUCGAACGACUUCGAACAUUCAGGAAAUUAUAAUAGUUUCAAACGAGAGAUCGAAGUGUUUUCGAUAAAUCGAAAAGUAAUCUUACAUUUGACAAGAGCUUAUAUAUUAGAUUUAUACAUAUAUAUCGAUAUUUUUUAAUCUUACGGUAGUUUUGUAAAAUUCAGACUGUGUAGAAAUUAUAUUUUGAUUACACAAUGAAGAAUAUACUAAAAGUAUCAAUUGUGUCUAAUAUAACAGUCAUAAAAUGUCUUAUUAUCUAUGUAGCUUCAAUACAAUAACAAAUAGCGUAAAUAUCACCAUUCAAAGUGAGUAGUGACACAUUUUUUAUAUUUUCUUAUAAACUGAAAUUAUCUGUCAGUACAAACGGUGCAAAUUCGUAACAUGUUCUCUAUCUAUAGAUGGAUUAGUGUAAAAUACGAAAAGGAUAAGUCUAAUUUCAAAUAUGUAAAAAUUAUUGUUUGAAAGUACCCUUUACCUUCAUUGCUGCCUAAAAUUUAUUAAAACUUCCAUUCUUUUUUAUUGAUAGUAAUUAAAAUUCAUGAAAUUUAUUACGAAAGUAGUGUACCUACUUAUUAGAAAAAAAUAUAAAAGAUAAACACGAAUGUAUGUUACAAUUUUAUAUAAAGGAUUAAAUAUAUUAAGACUGAUAUUAUUAUAGACUGGUCAUAGUGAUUAAGUAAUGUUUACGAAGCCACAAUUGAACUAAAUAUUUAAGAAAAAGUAAGAAAUUAUUUUUCAAAACUUGUCAGUUUGGAAUUGCACCGUUUGUAAUUUUAAAGCAUUAUCAGCCAAGUCCCGUAAGUAGAUAACAAAAUAUUUUCUUCAUUUCGAUAAUUUAAAUGCUUUUUGUAUCUAUUAUAUAAAAAACCUUUAAAAACGAAUAAGAAAUGACAAACUUCGAUCAAAUUAUAUUUCGAUAUAUUUAGAAUAACAGAAAGAGAAAAAAACUAUUUUAGUUGUGACUAUGUAUUUCAUUCAAUCAUUCAUUCAUUUGGAAUAUAAUGCAUUUUAGUAAUAAGUUAUCAAAAUGUCCUUCAA